GUGAGUGUGAGAUGGUAUUCUGAGAGAUUGAAAACAUGGCGACCAUCUUCGUGGUGAGGGUCGCUUUGGUGAUCGUAAUAUGUGUGUCAGUGACGAUUGGACGCCCAGAGAGAGGGAGAGAUGGGAGAGCUUUCAACCAACCAAUCAGCGACAAGGAGAUCAUCGUCGACCUCGUGGACAUGGACAAGAACCAAUACUACGAACAAAACUUUACCACUAUGGCGUACAUAUACGGUUAUGAAGUUGGAAGAAACGGGCAGUUCCACCAUGAAAAUAAGGGACCAGACGGAGUUGUUUACGGAUGCUACGGAUUUGUCGAUCCUCAGGGAAAGCUGAGAGCGACUCACUAUGUCUCGGAUGGCUGGGGAUACCGAACUGUCUCCCCAGGGGAUCCGGUGGAACUGUUCCUCCACGAACAUGAACAUCACACACAAAGCGAUGACAGCAACGACGCGAUAGAAACUACCGGAGGUCACGAUCACCAUCAUGAAGGAGCCAUCACUGACUGGGAAAAACUGUAUUUUCCUCGAGGUUGUGGCUUUGGUGGUGGAAACGACACUGGAUACAGACCGGGUAUUGAUGCAACCACGAAUGCCAACUGCACUACCAUUACAGUAGCCGUCCCGAGACCACCCCAUCGGCCGAUACAUAGGCCUGAAGGUAGUAUUCCUGGAUUACCAGGACUUCAUCAUAAUCACACAAACAGACCAGGGCUUCCCGGAAUUCAUAAACCAGAACAUCCCGGACUUCCCGGAGUUCAUGUUAAUCAAACCCAAGGACCCAGUCAUCCUGGGAUCAACCGACCAGAGGGUCCUUUAAUAUCUGAAAUCCAUCAACCCGGACAUCCAGGCCUACCUGGAUUGCAUCAUAACCACUCAUCAGGUUCUGGAAUUCAUCGACCAGAAGUCCCAACUCUUCCUGGAAGUGGAAUUCUUCAUCCUUCAGGGCAUCCUGGACUACCUGGUCUUGAACAUAAUCAUACUGGCGUACCUGGUAUACAUCGUCCUGGAGGACCGACUCUUCCUGGAAGUGGAAUACUUCAUCCACCAGGACAUCCUGGACUAUCUGGUCUUGAACAUAAUCAUACUGGCGUACCUGGUAUACAUCGUCCUGGAGGACCGACUCUUCCUGGAAGUGGAAUACUUCAUCCACCAGGACAUCCUGUACUACCCGGUCUUGAACAUAAUCAUACUGGCGUACCUGGUAUACAUCGUCCUGGAGGACCAACUCUUCCUGGAAGUGGAAUACUUCAUCCACCAGGACAUCCUGGAUUACCUGGUCUUGAACAUAAUCAUACUGGCGUACCUGGUAUACAUCGUCCUGGAGGACCGACUCUUCCUGGAAGUGGAAUAUUUCAUCCACCAGGGCAUCCUGGACUACCUGGUCUUGAACAUAAUCAUACUAACGUACAUGGUAUACACCGUCCUGGAGGACCAACUCUUCCUGGAAGUGGAAUACUUCAUCCACCAGGACAUCCUGGACUACCUGGUCUUGAACAUAAUCAUACUGGCAUACCUGGUAUACAUCGUCCUGGAGGACCAACUCUUCCUGGAAGUGGAAUACUUCAUCCACCAGGACAUCCUGGACUACCUGGUCUUGAACAUAAUCAUACUGGCGUACCUGGUAUACAUCGUCCUGGAGGACCAACUCUUCCUGGAAGUGGAAUACUUCAUCCACCAGGACAUCCUGGAUUACCUGGUCUUGAACAUAAUCAUACUGGCGUAACUGGUAUACAUCGUCCCGGAGGACCAACCCUUCCUGGAAGUGGAAUACUUCAUCCGCCAGGACAUCCUGGACUACCUGGCUUUGAACACAAUCAUACUAGUCUUCCUGGGAUACACAGACCUGAAGAACCAGGAGUGGGUGGCUCAGUUUUUCCCGGGCUCCCAGGUCUUCACCACAACCACACAAAUAGACCAGGUUUCCCUGGAAUACAUCGUCCUGGAGGACCAGGAAUAAAUCUUCCAGGACCUGGGCUACCUGAUAUACAUCGACCUGGAAUUCACCACAAUCAUACAAAUCCGAUUGGUCCUGGAGGAAUCAUAAAUAGACCCCUCCUUCCAGGCCAUAAGCCUGGAAUAGUGGGAAUUCUACCUGGACACCCACACCCUCAGCCAGGACUACCGCCAAAACCCGAAUACCCAUCCCCAUCACAACCAGGAGAAACCCCCAAUCCAGAGUAUCCUAUAGCAAAGCCAAUAGGUCCAGGAGAAUCACAAGAGACUAUGCAACCAAUGCCUAUAGAGACUACAGGUACACGGCCAGAUUGUUUUGAUAAAAAUGGGAAUCCUGUAGCACCCCUGCCAACAUACUGUCAACAAUCUGGACAACAUCCAAGACCACCACAGAGACCCGAUUGUUAUGACAAAUAUGGUAGACCAAUUACACCUCAGCCCUCUUUUUGUCAAAAUCCCUAUCAACCAGCUGGAGGAAAUAACCAUCCUACUACAGAAACACCAAGCUACCCCAGUGGAUUAGGACAACCUGGAAUGCCUGGCUAUCCCAGUGGAUCAAGACCACCAGCACAUCCAGGACAACAAGGGCAAUCAGGACAGACAGGACAACCAGGGCAACCAGGACAAUCAGGAAUUCCUGGAUAUCCCGGUGAAUCAGGACAGCCUGGUCAGCCAGGUCAAAUAGGAUACCCGAGUGGACCUGGACAGUCAAGUGGAACAGGACAACCCCAACAGCCCGUACAACCAGGACUACCUGGUCAACCAGGCUAUCCAGAACAAGCAGGCUCUCAGGCAGGAUCAGGGAAGCCUGGACAGCCAGGACAACCACAAACACCAAGCUACCCUGGUGGAUCAGGGCAACCAGAACAGAUUGGUCAAACAGGACAGCCUGGACGACCUGGAACACCUAGCUACCCAAGUGCAUCAGGACAACCAGGUCCCCCAAGUGGAUCAGAACAACCCAGUAGGCCAGGACAUCCUGGAACCCCAGGCCAACCAAGUGGAUCGGGACAAUUCGGUCAGCCAGGACAACCAGGAUCACCAGGUUACCCAAGUGGAUCAGAACAACCAGGUCAGCCAGGACAGCCAGUAAAACCAGGGCAAACUGGAGCACCAGGCCACCCAAGUGGUUCAGAACAUACCGCUCAGCCAGAACAGCCAGGACAAACUGGAACACCAGGCCAUCCAAGUAUAUCAGGACAACCCGUUCAGCCAGGACAUCCAGGACAACCUGGUUCACCAGGAUACCCUAGUGGAAUGGGACAACCGGGACAGACCGGACAACCUGAAACGCCAGGUCACCCAAGUGGAUCUGGACAACCCGGUCAGCCAGAACAGCCAGUAACAACAAUUUACCCAAGCGAAUCAGGGCAACAAGGCUUACCAGGACAUCCAGGACAGCCAGCAACACCAGGCUACCCUAAUGGAUCAGGACAUCCCGGUCAGCCAGUACAUCCAGGAAAACCCGGCCAACCUGGACAACCUGGAACACCUGGCUAUCCAAUUGAAUCAGGACAACCUGGUCAGCCAGGACAUCCAGGACAACCCGGACAUCCAGGACAACCUGGAACGCCAGUAUACCCUAGUGGAAUGGGACAACCAGGACAGCCCGGACAACCUGAAACGCCAGUUUACCCAAGUGGAACUGGACAACCCGGUCAGCCAGGACAGCCAGGACAACCCGGAACACCAGGAUACCCUAUUGGAAUGGGACAACCAGGACAGACCGGACAGCCUGAAACGCCAGAUUACCCAAGUGGAUCUGGACAACCCGGUCAGCCAGGACAACCCGGCCAACCUGGACAACCUGGAGAACCUGGAACACCUGUCUAUCCAAUUGGAUCAGGACAACCUGGUCAGCCAGGACAUCCAGGAAAACCCGGACAUCCAGGACAACCUGGACAACCUGGAACGCCAGGAUACCCUAGUGGAAUGGGACAACCAGGGCAGCCCGGACAACCUGAAACGUCAGUUUACCCAAGCGGAUCAGGGCAACAAGGACUUCCAGGGCAGCCAGGAAAACCAGGCCAACCUGGAACACCUGGUUACCCAAGUGAAUCAGGACAACCAGAACAGCCCGGACAACCUAGUACACCAGGAUACCCAAGUGGAUCAGGACAACCAGGGCAGCCAGGACAACCAGGUAAACCAAGCUACCCAAGUGGAUCAGGACAACCAGGUCAGCCAGGACAGCCAGGACAACCUGGUACACCAGGCUACCCAAGUGGAUCAGGGCAGCCAGGACAACCAGGUUCACCAAGCUACCCAAGUGGAUCAGGACAACCAGGUCAUCCAGGACCGCACGGACAACCUGGUACACCAGGCUACCCAAGUGGAUCAGGGCAGCCAGAACAACCUGGACAUCCUGGACCAGGAUUCCCGAGUGGAUCAGGACAAACAGGAUCGCCUGAACAACCUGGUACACCAGGCUACCCAAGUGGAUCAGUGCAGCCAGGACAACCUGGACAUCCUGGACCAGGGUACCCAAGUGGAUCAGGACAACCAGGACAACCUGGACAAGGAUUUCCAAGUGGAUCAGGACAAACAGGAUCACACGGACAAUCUGGUACACCAGGCUACCCAAGCACAUCAGGACAACCAGGACAACCUGGACCAGGAUAUCCAAGUGAAUCAGGACAAACAGGACAGCCUGGUCAACCUGGACCAGGCUACCCAAGUGGAUUGGGGCAACCAGGACAGCCCGGUCAACCUGGACCAGGAUAUCCAAGUGGAUCAGGACAGCCAGGACAGCCCGGUCAACCUGGACCAGGAUAUCCAAGUGGAUCAGGACAACCAGGACAGCCUGGUCAACCUGGACCAGGAUAUCCAAGUGGAUCAGGACAAACAGGACAACCUGGUUCAGGAUAUCCAAGUGGAUCAGGGCAACCAGGACAGCCCGGUCAACCUGGACUAGGAUAUCCAAGUGGAUCAGGACAACCAGGACAGCCCGGUCAACCUGGACCAGGAUACCCAAGUGGAGCAGGACAACCAGGACAGCCCGGUCAACCUGGACCAGGAUAUCCAAGUGGAGCAGGACAACCAGGACAACCUGGACCAGAAUAUCCAAGUGUAUCAGGACAACCAGGACAAUCUGGUUCAGGAUAUCCAAGUGGAUCAGGACAAACAGGACAACCUGGUUCAGGAUAUCCAAGUGGAUCAGGGCAAGCAGGACAGCCCGGUCAACCUGGACCAGGAUACCCAAGUGGAUCAGGACAACCAGGACAGCCCGGUCAACCUGGACCAGGAUAUCCAAGUGGAUCAGGACAGCCAGGUCAAUCAGGUUCGCCAGGUGGACAAACAAUUCAACCAAUACAACCAGGUCACCCCAAUGGGCCUGUACAGCCUGGAGGACCUGGAUAUCCAAGUCAACCAGAACCAGAAUACCCCUCGACUAGUCCACAACAGCCUCAGAAGCCUAGUGAGGGAUCUCUUCCUCCAUAUCGUCCUCCUCAGCCGCCCGGAGUCGGAUGCGUGGAUUACACAGGCAGACCGAUCUCCCCACCUCCACCGGGUUGUCCAAAUCCUGGAGUUCCUACCUCGCUUCCGGGCACUUACCCCAGUGGGCACGGAUACCCGAGCUACCCAGGCUACCCAGGCUACCCAGGCUACCCAGGCUACCAAGGCUACCCAGGAUACCCAGGAUACCCCGGAUAUCCAGCUCCUCCAGUCUACAUCAUCCCCUACCCUCUACCUCUACCUAGUCUGCCUAGUCCUAGCUCGUGUCCUUGCUACCUCGUCACUCCCAACGUAACGAACUCCUCUAGCCCGACUCCUCCUACCACAACACCACCUCCACUGGCACCUCAGACCCCAGCCUACGGCGUCAUCGGCUACAUUCCAGUCGUCUUCUACCCCUACUGCCCAGGAGGUCAGACCGCUCCUCCGUCGUUCCCUGCCGUCUUCUCCGUCCCGUACCCUUGCAGUCAGUGUGGAGGUCCCAGAGGUGCUCGCGCUUUGAACUCCACUUCUUCGCUUGCGGAAGUCCUCAAACAGCUUCCAGAGUCGACGACGAUUGCCAGGAUGCCCCAUAGGAGACGAGCAAGAGUCACGAAGUUUGGCGCCCGGUUGAGACCAGCCGAAAAUGAAGUGUAAAGAAAGAUAUGUUUAGUAAUUGACCAUUGAAGACACUUACUUAAGUAGUAUAAGUUUACUCUUGUCGUCAUUACACAACUAUCGUUGUAAAUGCAAUGCAAGGAAACCAUAAAAAACGAGAAAUACUCCAAAAAAUAUUAGUCACUAAAAGGAGUAUGGCUCAUUUGAUUUGACUCGAUUAACCAGGGUUUGAACUUUGUUUAAUUAAACUCUCAUAUCAUAAAACCCUAAACCUCAAAUUAUAUACGCAAGAAAGCCUACUUCAGUACCUGCAGUCAAUGGUCUUUAUUAUGAAAGGUAUUGAUAGCUUAACAAAGCGGUGAAUUAAGUUGGUACUUAACUUAUGUAAGUAAUUAUAAAUACAUAAGACUUUUAGUGUAAUAAACUAAGCGACCUGUCCACGAGUUACAUCAUAAAGCUGUUUAACAGUUUGGCUUACAAACAUGAUAAUUUAAAUCUAUUUAUUUGUUCAUUACUUAAAACCUUCAAUAAGAUACAAUCGUUUAACGAUUGGAUAGCAUUUUUGUCAAUUGUUACCUAGGAAAGUUUACUUUUUGCGGAUUUGAUGCACUUUUGUUUAAUCAGUUAUUAAAUAGAGGUGCAUAAGAAUGUUGUAGGUUAUUUAAAAUCAUAAUUUAGAAUUAGAUUGACAUUCAAGGAUUUUGUUUAUUUUAUCUAUUUCAGUACGAAGAAAAUGUAUAUUUAAAAAUAAUUAAAAUGACGCAACUCCUAGACGGUUUGCUAAAAUAUUUAUUCAAAGCUGAUUGCAACAGCUUAAAAAACUUGCUUUGAAAGAUGCUCGGGUGUUUUAAAAACACAAAGUGUUUUUCAGUAAAAAAAUUAAGAUAUAUAUUAAUUAUGUCAAAUAUUUUAAGUUAU